AAUAUAUACCGAGUCUUGUCGAAUCUAAAUUCUAUCCUGGUGAUAUUGCAUGGGUUUUGGCUUCGACAUGUCUUGUUUGGUUGAUGAUUCCAGGGCUAGGAUUCUUUUACAGCGGGUUGGCACGCUAUAAGAAUGCUUUAUCUUUAAUAAUGUUAUGUUUGUUAGCUACUCCUGUAGUAUCAAUUCAG